AUGGGUGGGCCCUGCCAAAACCUCACUAAGAUGUUGUGCUACCAACAGCAGUGCUUUCCUCCUCUCCACCAAGAGCACGUCUCCAUUAAGUGCCCCCAAACACACCCUCUGAUGCACAGAUGGCAGUCAGCAGUGUGCACCCCACAGUAUGUGACCCCCUGCACUCCUCGGCAGCGGUUUCUGUCAUCCAGCUUCUCCCCGCAGCAGUGUGUGACCCAGUGCAUACCACGGCAGCAGUAUGCAACCAAGUGCAUUCAACAGCAACAGCGUGUGACCCAGCACAUCCCACCCGCCAGGUGUGUGACAACCUGUGUGCCACAGCAGUCAUGUGCCACCCAAUGCACGUCGCAAGAGGCAUGUGUGACCAAGUGCGUGCCCCAGCAGCAGUGUGCAACCAAAUUCAUCCCACAGCAACAAUGUGCAACCAAGUGCAUCCCGCAGCAGCAGCAUUCAACCCGGUGUGUGACCACAUGCAUGCCGCAGCAGCCGUUCCUGACCAAGGGAAUCCACCAGCAGCACAGUGCGACCGUGUGCAUCCCGCAGCACUGCGUGACCACAUACACCCCACACCAGCAGUGUGCAACCAGAUGUGUGACCACGUGUGUGCCACAGCAGCGUGCCACCAGGUGUAUCUCGCAGCGUUACGUGACCGCUUGUGCCCCGCAGCAAUAUGCCACCAAGUGCAUCCCACAGCAACAGUGUGCAACCAGGUGUGUGACCACGUGUGUGCCUCAGCCAUGUGAGACCAACGGUGCAAGCAUCUGUGUCCCGCAGCAGCACCAGUGUGCCACCAAGGUUGUUCCACAGCAGCACCAGUGUGUCACCAAGAACAUCCCACAGCAGCAGCAGUGUGCCACCAAGGUCAUCCCACAGCAGCACCAGUGUGUCACCAAGAACAUCCCACAGCAGCAGCAGUGUGCCACCAAGUGUGUCCCACAGCAACAGUGUGCAACCAAGGGUGUUCCACAGCAGCACCAGUGUGUCACCAAAGGGAUCCCACAGCAGCAGCAGUGUGCCACCAAGUGUGUCCCACAGCAGUGUGCCACCAAGUGUGUUCCACAGCAACAGUGUGCCACCAAGGGUGUUCCACAGCAGCAGCAGAGUGUUGCCAAGUGCGUCCCACAGCAGUGUGCCACCAAAGGGAUCCCCCAGCAGUGCCACUGUGCUACCAAGUGCAUCCCACAGCAGCAGCAGUGUGCCACCAAGUGUGUCCCACAGCAGUGUGCCACCAAGUGUGUCCCGCAGCAGCACCAGUGUGCCACCAAAGGAAUCCCACAGCAGCACCAGUGUGCCACCAAAGGGACCCCACAGCAGCACCAGUGUGCUACCAAGUGUGUCCCACAGCAAUGUGCCACCAAGGGUGUCCCGCAACAGCAGCAGGGUGUUACCAAGUGCGUCCCACAGCAGUGUGCCACCAAGGGUAUCCCACAGCAAAGUGUGACUCAGUGUGUCCCACAGCAGCCUUAUCAGUCAGGUGGAGUAAAAAUUUCAAGCCAUUCUAAGAAAUACUGCUCUGCAUCCAAAUGGCCCUGGUAAAGAGGAGCAGGGAAAAGGAGGGUCCAUGGAAAACCAGUGAGGUAUGGCUUUGGGGCAAAGUUAUUUAUCUUCUUGUAUCACCUGAAAACUUAUUUCUAUAGUUAAAUUCUGCGUUAUCUCUGUUUUCCAGUCCUUUCCCUGUAGCUCAGUUCUGUUUUGGGCCAAGGUGAAAUAUUAUUCCCUGCAUUCCAGAUAUCUGUGGCUUGUUACUUAGUCUGCUGCAAGAAGUAGUUUAGUGGGAUGUUACUGAAUUCUCACCUCACUGAAAGGAAUAGUUUUAAUAGGGGAAAAAAAGUAGAAAUGCCAAAGGAAUCCCUCUGAUGACAGCAUCAAGAGGACCAAUGGAGUGGCCAACAAGGGCUCUGGGCUCAGUCCUGGCCUCAGGAGAUGAUACCCAGGCUGUUCUGUAUUCCCCAAGGCUGCACAUUCUCCAA